UUUUCUGACAGAACUUCCUCACGUCUAUACAAGUUACCAACAACCAGCGCUGAACACAGUCGAAAACAAAGAUAAAGCAUAUUGAAGAUGUCAGAGGUGAAGAUAAUCGGGGUGGUGGGCGGUGGCCAAAUGGGAUCGGGAAUAGCGCAAGUUGCUGCCAUGCACGGCGUCGACGUUGUCCUUCACGACCUCGAUCACCGAGCCCUUUCCAAAGCCUCCUCUUCAAUCUCCUCCUCUAUCGACCGUUUUGUUUCCAAAGGCACCCUUUCUCAGGCGGCGGGAGUUGAGGUGUUGAAACGAGUGCGUUUUACCACGAAUUUAGAGGACUUUCACACGGCGGAUUUUAUAAUCGAAGCGAUUGUGGAAUCCGAAGAGGUAAAGAAGAGUUUAUUCGUUAAAUUGGACAAGAUUGCGAAGAGUUCUGCGAUUUUGGCUUCAAACACGAGCUCCAUUUCCAUCACGCGUAUAGCUUCUUCUACAACCAGGCCGCGCCAGGUGAUCGGAAUGCAUUUUAUGAACCCUCCGCCUUUGAAGAAAUUGAUUGAGAUUAUACGGGGAGCAGACACUUCUGACGAGACAUUUGCAACUACGAAAGCAUUGUCACAGAGGUUGGGCAAGGUAGUAAUUACCUCCCAGGAUUAUUCAGGUUUCAUAGUGAAUCGAAUCCUUAUGCCUAUGAUAAAUGAAGCCUUUUUUACUCUCUACACUGGGGUUGCAACCAAAGAGGAUAUCGACAAAGGAAUGAAGCUAGGUACUAGCCAUCCAAUGGGUCCUUUAGAGCUUGCAGACUUCAUUGGAUUGGAUGUGUGCUUGUCAAUAAUGAGAGUUCUUCAUGCUGGUCUUGGAGACAAUAAAUAUGCACCAUGCCCUCUCCUUGUGCAGUACGUUGAUGCUGGAAGACUUGGAAGAAAGCGAGGUAUUGGCGUGUAUAAAUAUAGUGAAGAGCCAAGGUCUACAAAGUCAUCUUCUCGUCUCUGAAAUCUUCUUUUCUGGAAAAGUUGAUCUUCAAAACCUCACUUUUCCCAUAUGUCAGACCGUGGUUAUGGUGCACACUCCUCAAAUACGCUCUGUAUUAUGCAGACAAACAAAAGAAAGUUUAGCGAAUGAUUGUAUAACAGAUAGAGGUAAAUCUUCUUCAUGGUCUCCUUGUAUUGCUUGUAUCUCCUAUUUGAAAUUAAUUAUAUUUCUGCAUACAAGCAGAAAACAAACUUAUGUGAAUUUAUUGGAAUUUCUAAGCCAAUUUCUGUUGUUAUCAAUAGUCAAAGUGAUUUGUUUAAUGUGCAAAUUGAUUGGUCACUCA